UUUUCAUCAUCGUUUUUUUGUGGGCUCUUCGUCGUUGGAGCCUCAGAACUGUCUUGAAGUCACUUAGAUUUCUUGUUACUUUGCUUUUUGUUGUUAGAGUCUCAGAACUGAUUGAAGUCGCGUGGAUUUCUCAUUAUCUUGGUGAUCCAGGCUCUUCAUCAUUUUUUGUAGGGUUUUCUAAUAAAUUUAUUGUUUCUUGA